GUGCCUACAUAUUUAAUAAAUCGGCCACCCCUGACUAGAUCAUUAUAUAUCUACAGUGUGUAAUUUUACAGUAGACUUUGGCCUUAUCGUGUCCAUCAGUUGUUGCCAUCUAGGUGUCCAUCACAUUGCUACUCGGACUGCCAAAUAACCAUGGAGGUACCGAAACAAUUGGAUUCUUUAAAUAUCGACCUAAAUGAGUUUCCGUACAGCGCACUUGAUGGUAAAGGAGUGCGUACGGCCUUUGGCGACGUGAACUCAGCCCACAAGCUUGAAGACAUCGAUUACAAGCAUUUACUAAAGGAGGAAAUGUCUAAAUCCGAACGUAUACAAAAGGCAUUUGGAUACCAUGCUGCCUUCAGGAACUCCGUGGAAUUGAACAUGUGUGCUAAAUCAGCUCGCUUGCCAGGUAUAAAGAGCAGCAUGCUGUCCCUGGAAAUAUUGAUGGACAAGUUGGACACCCUGGAGCCCUACGAGUACAUGAACACCGAGAGGCCACGAAACGACUUUGGCGUAGGCGGAGUACACUCUCUACUCGAGAGAAAGUUUAACAUCUAAUCGGUACUGCCUUUACCAUCGCAUUACAACAACUCCCGCGAUAUAGCGUUUAAUCUAUAAUGUACUAGCAUAACAUUUGU